GAACAACAAAACUGUAGGGUUCCUCCUUCGUUUCGUCGACACUACAUCUUCUCUCUCAAUCAGUUUACAUCUCACGACUGACUUAACGCCAUGUAAGUCUAUCCUAAAACUCGACGCUGUUCCUUGAUUUUAAUUAAUAAUCUCCAGAUCAUGUAGGCCUCUCUGAAUCUCUAGAUUGAGCUCUAUCGUGUGUAGUGAUCGGGUCCACGAUGAUAUAGAAUUAGAUUUGUCCAUUUUCGUCUUUCAUACGUUAGCAUUUUAGCUUGCUGAUUGAGAUGUCCCGAUAGAAUUAGGUUUUGCAUCUUAUGACCAGAGUAGCUUUGUUCUUGUAUGAAUGUCCUCUUAAGUCUCAAUCGAAAAAAAAAACAGAUUCUUGUAACACGGAAUUGAUUUUUCCAUCCUUGAUAAUGAUGGGGAUGAUGUGAUGUGAUGAUGGUUUUAAUUCGUCUUUCGUUUUUGAUAAAUUUCAGGGCAGACGAUGAGGUUGUUGAUCCAAAGAAGUACCUUGAGGAGUCUUGCAAUCCAAAAUGCGUGAAGCCACUACUCGAGUAUCAGGCGUGUGUCAAGAGAAUCCAAGGUGAUGACUCUGGCCACAAGCACUGCACUGGGCAGUACUUCGACUACUGGCAGUGCAUUGACAAAUGUGUUGCACCCAAGCUCUUUACAAAACUCAAAUGAAACAAGGCGAAGCUGGAGUCGACAUUGUCUUUUGAGUUUAAGGGAUGUAUAAAACGCAGUUGAUGUUGGAACAUUUUUGUAACUGCAAACCUGAUUAUGCCAAAUUGCUUUGCUUCUCGGUUUUGUUUUUAUCGCUUUUAUGUUUUUUUUUUUCCUACAGACAUUGUUAUUGUCCUUCUUUUGAAGUAAUAAAUAACUUUUUACACAA